ACGCAAAGCGACAAAACGACGCUUGAAGGCGACUUGGUGCGUGAAGCCGAUAAACGUUAAUAAACGGCUUAGCAUUCGAAUCUGCGGGUUCGUUGGUGGUUCUGUUCGGUGAAUCCAGACCGUGAUGGAAAGCCUUCUACACGAAGCCUCCUGAGCUCUACGGAGAUGAGAAAUUUGAUUCUGCUGUUGCCAGAUGCAAGUCCCAGGCUGGAUUGAAUGGCCCCGAGUAUCCAAGACUGACUCAUUGGGAGUACUGAAAUGACCAGCCAGUAUCCUAGCCAUGGAAAGAGAUCCCCAGAUAAAAAGCCACCCGCCAUGGCCCCUAAACUCCAUGUCCAGCGAUCACCAUCAAAGGAGGCCAUUACCAUCCACUUCUCAGCUCUUGGGAAGAAGGAAGAAGAGGAGGAAGAGGGUCUGUUCAUACCAACCUCCUCUACAGCAUCAGCUCCUCCAGACGACUCAAAUAUUGUGACGGCUCUGGAAGCAAGUGAGGACAUGUUUGAAGGGGCUCCCCUGGAUUCUGCAGCUGGCAUUGCAGUCAUUCCCGAAUCCUUCAGGUUUUCUCCCAGUUCAAGUAAUCCCACUAACCGUUCUCUGACACAAACCCUGUCUUCACAUGUUCCUGAGGAAAAGGCCUCAAUUGCCAAUUCUUCUCCCAUAAAAUCUCUGAGCUUUCCCUCCACCUUAGGGUUGGUAAAGUCACUAUCCUCGGACGUUGAGUCCCAUGAUGGGGUCUCCUCUGCUCCGACUUCAUCAUUAAGACACAGGCAACUCAUGAAAAGUCUCGUCAAAUCCCUGUCCUCGGAUACAUCCCAGGACUCAUCCUCUUCUUCCACAUCCUACCGUCUUCCAGAGUCUCGCCUUAACCUGCAAGUCUUAAAGCAAUUUGCACAGUCAAGGAUGCAGUCUGCUGCAGUGGCAUCAGUUAGCGAUUCUAAAACUGCCCCCUCAUCGCCAUUAACUUCUCCAGACAACCGAAGCUUCUUUAAAGUCUCAGAAGUCGAAGCACGAUUUGAGGACACCAAGCGGCGUCUCACUGAAGCCAUUUCCGAACCACUCCAGCUGCUCAGUAAGAUCAUGGAUGAAAAGAGUGGUGGUGGCAUUUACCGGCCUAAGGCGCUGUCUGCCAGUGCCACAGAACUCUCUGCCCUCACUUCUGCCAAUGGUAACCAAGAGAGCAACAACAACUACUGCAUCAAAGAGGAGGAUGGAGGUGAAGUUGAGGCAGAAAGCCCCAACAGCUGGACUGCUGUUGCAGCCGAGUCACCUCAAGACCCCUCGGCCGACACUAAAAGCCCAAUUAAACUAUCUUUACUUUCUAUGUCUUCUCUGGCAAAACAGGAGGAGGAGGACUUUUGCAUUCUGAACAAUGAAGACUUUGAGUUUUGCACUGACAUAGAGGCUGAAGUUAUUGAAGGAACUAAUGACACUCGAACUGGUAGUCAACUGCCACUAAGUGGUAGUUCGGACCCAGGCUGUGAUGAUGAAUGUGAAGGUUUUGAGCCAGCACCUGAUGUCCCACACUAUACUCUCGCUCUCCUUACUGUUCUGGUCUAUGGGUGCUUUGUAUUACCACUUCCAAGCUACAUUGGAGGAAUGCUACUUGGGGUUGGACUAGGAUUCUUUUUAGCUAUCGGUGUUGUUUGGCUCACAGGACCAAAACGGUCUGGAGGUGAAGAGAGACAUUCCAGAAUCCACAGAUGGCUGUGGAAUAGGACCAAGCUGAAUGUUAAAGAGCCAGAAAUCUAUAAGGGCUGGAUGAAUGAGAUUUCAAAUUAUGAUGCAGAGACUUACCACGCCACACUCACUCACUCUGUAUUCGUCCGCCUCGAGGGUACCAUCAUUCGUCUUUCCAAGCCCAACCACAACAUCGCCCGCCGUGCCGCACACAACGAACCAAAGUCUGACGUGAGCUUUGUCAGUCAGAAGAUCUAUGACCUUAGCAACAGCAAGGUCUACUUAGUGCCUCUAAAUCUAGCCAGGAAGCGAGUGUGGAACAAAAAAUACCCCAUCUGCAUUGAACUUGGCAGACAAGAAGACUUCAUGUCAAAGGCAGAAGGCAACAAGUCUGAAGGCAGCGAGACCUCAAGUUCUGGUAUUAAUGGAGAGAGAACCAGUGGAGCACAGGACCGACAAUCCUCUCUGUCUCGAAGAGACCGGACCAUCUUCCUGUUUGGCCGGACUGGGAGGGAGAAAGAGGAAUGGUUCCAACGGUUUCUGUCAGCCUCUAAUGUCAGAGCAGACGUGAAGAAAGUUCCCUGUGUUGGAACCAGUAAAAAAGCCACAACCUCAGCUUCUCACAGCCGCAGCAGUAGUCGCAGCAGUCUCGAUGAAGCCCUGGCACCACAGCUCAAGUCUAGAGACUCAACAGCCUCCCUGACAAUAGCAGGCAGUGGCAAAGGCAAACUUUUUUUAGACUACAGUGUGUACAUGGGCUCCUUACUGCCAAAACAGCAGGCAGUCGGUCUCACAUCAGCGAGCUCUGCUCAGAGUCUGCAGAGCACCCCUGGAGCUGAUAAAAAGCUUCAGAGUAACACUUCAGCUCAGGUGCAGCCCAGGGGAGAGGAAGAGGACUCUGUUGCCUGGGUGAACGCAGUUCUCGGCAGGCUCUUCUGGGACUUCCUGACCGAGCCCUAUUGGGGUGAACAAGUUUCCAAGAAGAUUCAGAUGAAGCUCAGCAAGAUAAGACUGCCUUACUUCAUGAAUGAGCUAACCCUGACAGAACUGGACAUGGGCACAAGCACUCCCAGAAUCCAUGGAGCAUCUGCACCUUCAGUUGACUAUCGAGGUCUGUGGUUUGACUUGGAGGUCUCCUACAACGGCUCCUUCCUAAUGACUCUGGAAACCAAGAUGAUUCUUAAUCGGCUGGGAAAGGAGGAAGAAAGUGCCCGCUUGGGGGAAUUUGGCAAAGAUGGAUGCAGGCCUCGGACCUACUGCCUAGCUGCUAGUGAUGAAGAGUCAUCGAGUGCAGGUUCAUCAGAUGAAGAAGACACCUCAGACCUCUCAAAUGAUUCAGCUGGAGCAGAAAGUCUUGUGGGUGGACAUAAACCAAGCAAGAUCAUGCGCUUUGUGGACAAGAUUGCCAAGUCCAAAUAUUUCCAGAAGGCUACCGAGACGGAGUUUAUCAAGAAGAAGUUGGAGGAAGUUUCCAACACACCCCUCCUGCUCACUGUGGAGGUUCAGCAUCUCAGAGGAACGCUGGCUGUCAACGUUCCUCCUCCUCCCACUGAUAGGAUUUGGUAUGGCUUUAGGACUCCGCCUCACCUGGAACUGAAGGCUCGACCAAAACUUGGAGAAAGAGAAGUGACUCUGGCGCAUGUUACAGACUGGAUAGAGAAAAAACUCUACCAGGAAUUCCAGAAAAUUCUUGUAAUGCCAAACAUGGAUGACGUGUGGCUGACCAUCAUGCACUCUGCCAUGGACCCUCGCACAGCUGGUGGACCCUUAGUUGUCCCCCCAGAGAACGCAGAACCAUCCUAGCAUGACACGGACACCAGCCGUCAGCCUUGGAGAUUGUUUACAGUGUUGCCUAAAGCUUCUGGAGUCUCAUAUGGGAAAACUCAAGCCAAAGUCUUCAGGCACUGUUCACAGAAAGACAUUGCCUCAGUGAGUUUUUGUAGGAACCAGGUUAAGUUGACCAAGUAGAAACUGAUGGAAAAGUGUUGCUUGCUGCUAUGUUAACUAGUACUCCUCAAUGAAAGUAACUCAUUGAUGAAUAAGUUAUUUGAAGGCGAGUCAUGAUUGGCUCUUAGCCAAAUUCAGUGCUCAAGGUAAUAAGAAGGAAUUAUACUUUAUGGUUAUUGUAAGUAUGUCCUAUAAACAAAGAUGGGGACGCAUUCGCCAGAUACCUUACAGCUAGGUAGCUAGCUGACAGAAUAGGAAGGGGAGCUCUGCAGUUUCCCUUCAGAAAGGCAGCACAUUUAAAUUACAUUUAGAGUGAUGCAUGGAAAAAACAUUUGGUCUUUAUUUUGCAAGAGAACUGAAACCAUAAACAUUGUUUUUUUUGGUCAGGUAUUAAUAAACAGUAUUUUUUUAUUUGCAGUGACCAGACUUGAGCACCUUGUACAACUGCCAAAACCCUCUUUUUUUCUAUUUUAUUUUAAUGCCACUGAUACCGUUAUCAAACUUCAUGGUGAACAGCUGAAGUAGUAAGGGGUAUGAUCUGCUUUGUGAACUCUAUAUAGGAGUGACCAAUACACAAACACAAAAAGUGCUUCAUAGACUGAGAUAUGAUUCUGUAUAGAGACAAUGUGACAAAGUAUGUCUGAAGAAGAAUAAAUGCCUCUAACACUCAAUUGAAUGUAGGUCAAGAAGCUCAUGGGUCCAUUUCUUUUUUUUUUUUGGUAGCUGAAACCAGUUUUUACUAAGUUAAAGUAAGGCUGGUUUAUGCAAACAGUUGCACAAGCUUUUUCUUUCUUCCCACAUGAUAAACACUAUCUUAUCUUGCAUAUCUCUUUUCCAGACGUGCCAGUUUAUCAGUAGAGCUGAUGAGGUAGCCCAUGAUGCAUCUUUUUUCAUACAUCACAUGUUGAUAUUGGGAGAGAAUGUUGUUGACCAGCCUGGAAUGUGCUUUUAAGACUCUACCUGCCAUACCUGUAUGUAAACAGACGGUACACUCAACAUAUGAAGCACAUUUAUUGCCAAGAAUGUAGCUAAAGGUUCCCCUUUUCUAAACCAAAGUCCUUUAGGGUCAGAUUCCUCUGUGUUCUCACAUCGAUAAAGCAUUAUAGGCUCAUACUGAAGAGUGUGCUAUGAACAUGCAACAACUUUGUUUACAGGAGUUCUUACAAUUUUGCUUUAUUUUAGUUCAGUAAGGCACUGUAACACUGAUUAUUGUCUCGGUAAUUUUCUUUUUGCCUUGAUUUCAGUUUACACGGUCAUUUGAAGAUGCUUAAAGUGGGUUAUAGCUUCAGUUUUUUGUCUACUUUUUGGUCUUAUGAGAAUGAAACAAGAUUGUUUUUUGAUGAUUCAUUAAUAAAGUAAUGUACUUUGUAUCUCUGAAUUAUUAAUUACUUUUGACAAUUACCUGUAAUUUUAAGGCUAAUAUUGAAAUAUUGUGAAGGCCAAAAACAAUUCCACAUGUAUCUGCCUUAUUUAUACAAUAAAUCUGUUAAUGAAA